GCGCACCCAAAUCCCUCUCUAAAACCUUGACACCGGAAACAGUGUGUGAGACAGAGACAAACUAAAGAAAUGUUUAGAUCCGUCGUAAGAACCGCUUCCAGGAACCUCAAUCUCAACCGUAGAUCCCUAACUCCAAACGACACCGUUUCUCAUUUCCCUUCCGCGUCAACACUCAUCCCCACCUUAAACCACAUUCACCGCUCCUUCUCAUCUUCCAAGAGCACUAAAUCCACAAUCACGAAAACCAAGAAAUCCGAAGGCAAGAAAUCCAAAUCCAAAGGCGGCGAAUCCGGCGCCGCCGGAGCCGACGACGGUGAGUUCGGCGGCUCCGCCGGAGAUGACCUUGAAGCGGGUCGGGCCAAGAGGCUUGCCGAUGACGAAAAGGUUCCGUCUUUAGAUGUGGGUCCUAACGGGAGACCUCUUUUCACUCCCAGAGAUGUUACUCUCUCGAAGCUCUCUCACAAAGAUAUUGGCUCCUACUUCAAAUUCGAUGAAGCAGCGUUGAAAGCAGUGUUGCCGGAAGGAUUGGUUUCAGGGAUUGAAGAUGAGUUUAAAGAGUCAUGGAGACCUGCUUUGCUUGUGAGGAAGAGUUUCUUGGAUCUUAGGGAUAACUUUAGACGCAUUGCUGAUCCUCCUAUGUGGCCUAAUGAGGGUAAAGGCCGUGUUAAGCCUAAGAAGCAGAUUAUCUUGGAUGGUCCUGUUAAGAGUGGGAAGAGUAUUGCUUUGGCGAUGCUUGUUCACUGGGCACGUGACGAAGGAUGGUUAGUUUUGUAUGCGCCGAAAGGCCGUGACUGGACUCAUGGAGGCUAUUUUUACAAGAAUCAACAUACAGGUUUUUGGGACACUCCUUUACAAGCUGAGAGUAUACUCAAGGAUUUUGUGAAGUUCAAUGAACCUAGAUUGAGAGAGUUACGGUGCAACAUCUAUGAUCCCAUUGUGCUUGGAGAGGGUGCGGGUGUAGGGUAUUUGAAAGGACAAGAUACUAUGCAGAUUCCUGAGGAUUCGACUCUGUAUGACCUUGUGCAAAUGGGGAUUAAGAGCACUCACGCUGCUGUUAGUGUCGUUGUGCGACUUAGGAAAGAACUCUCACUCGUUAAAGAUGUUCCAGUCUUGAUUGCAAUUGAUCAAUAUAACAAUUGGUUUACAUUCAGUGAGUUUGAAGAGCCCGUAACACCACGUUCUUGCCGGCCUAUACAUGCAAGAGAACUUACUACGGUAAAUGCUUUCAGGAGCAUGAUGCAUGAUGACAUGAUGGUGGGUGCAUUCUCACAUUCAACAGCAGUAGGAAAACUACGUAAAGACUUGCCAGAUGUUCCAGCUGAUGCUCGUCAGGAUUUCCCUCGUUAUAGUUUAGACGAAGCAGAAGCUGUCUGCUAUUACUACCUUCGGCAAAGACUGGUUAGGCGUGAGGUAUUCUCAGAAGAAAAUUGGAAGAAGAUAUACUAUUUGGCUAAUGGAAAUGGAGCAGAGAUGCGUUGGUUAGUCCCUUUCAUGCGUUGAGAAACAAACAACAUAGUUCUUUAAUGUUGAUUACUUUGAUGUGACCUUUGCUGGUGUUUGAAGUUAUCCCAUUAGUUUGGGGAAAGAAACUCUUUUCAGUUUCUGAUUUAAAAGGAAGAUUCCUUGUUAUUUGAGUUUUUGCUAGUUUAGUUUUUUUGGUCUUGUCUGUAAAAGACUUGUGGUUGGACCUAAAUCUCUUCAUAAUAAAAUCAAUGCCUU